GCGUUCCCCAGGCGUAGACCAUAUAUAUAUAUAUAUAAAACAUAAAAAAAAAACGUUCUCCGCAAGUUCAAAAUAUAACCACGUUCUGCGUUUAGGAAAAAAUUUCCAAAACAAAAAAGUUAAUCAAAAUUAUACAUAUUCUAUUGAAAUAUAUAUAUAUACUCAACAAUUUCAAAAAAAGGAUAUCAAAUUCGAAUUAUCCUCAAUCGUAAUUUUCACAAUAUAUCAAAUAUUCUAUUGGUUUUUUUUUUUUUAUUUCUUUCUUUGAAAAUUGAAUUUUCAUUUCUGUCAUUAAAAAAAUUAAAAUUUUCUCAAUUAAAAAGUAAAUCCCAUAAUUGUUUAGAAAUCUAAAAACGGAAAAAUUAUUGAAACGCCGCGUUUAAUGAACUCAAGUUGAAAAGUGUUUUCCACAUAAUAGCGAGUCAAGCAACAAGUUCAAGGACACUGAAAUUAAUUCCACAAUUCAAGAAUUUUUUUCUAACAAAUAUAAUAAUUCUUUUUUUUUACAUGUGGACUGUAAUUUUAUUGAGUUUAAUUCUCAAGACAAUUUUAAAGAAAUUACGACGAGUUGAUUCAAUUUACGCAAUUAAUCCACCAAUUGAAGGAAGAAUAAAGGAAAAAAUUAAAUUUCACGGUUAAAUGGAUUUCAUUGACAUUUCGUUUUCUUUCUUAUUUCUUUUAUUUCAUUUAGUUGAGUCAUCAAUUUAAUUUGCAGUGACAUUUCAAAAGGAUUACCGGUUCAUUUUAAUAUAAGUUAUUAUUCUAAAAAGUGUGUGUUUAUAUGUAUAUAUAUAUACAUAAAGGAAAAGUUUAAACUUUCAGUGCGGGGGGAAUAAAAGUCACGUCUUUAUAGCCUGUGCAUUUUUUUUUUUUUUUUGUUUAGUGACCUUGAAUAUUUAGUUCCAGUGGAAUGUAGUUAUUUUUUUUUUCAUUUUGUUUUCAAUAAACAGCUCAUGUGAAGUUAUUGAGGAAAGUGUGUUUUAUAAGUGAAGAACAAUAGGGCUUUUUUUUAGAAAAAGCCCAUAUGCUUCGAAACUGAAUUUUAGUUAUUGAAAGCAUGUGAGUACAUGGCCGCCGAAAAAUUGCGCCACUCUCGGAACAACCUACUAUGGGCAUCUGCCUGGACAUUGAUCGAAAUAAUGGAUCAAAGGUGUUCGACGAGGCCGAUGCUCGAAGUACAGGAAGAUGGCAAGGAGAAGCAGGACUUUUGGCGACACCGCCACAUGGAAGUUUUCCCAUGCAGAACGUUGGACCAGUUAAAUUUGAAGUUCCUACUGUCCCAGUUAUUUUUAUCCUCGGGGGUCCUGGCAGCGGGAAGGUGACACAUUGUGAUACUUUAAUGGCAGAGAGGAAAGGAGUUAUUCACAUCAAUAUGACGGAUCUGUUGCAGCAAUAUGUCAUAGGAAAUAAUAUGGAAGAUUUUGGUUCACUAAGUAGUAAAACUGUCACAGAAGUUCUUAUGCUUGAAAUGAAAAUGUCUCCAGAGGCCAAAACUUUUCUUGUUAGUGGAUAUCCAAGAAAUAUGCGCGACAUCGUUGAAUAUUCGGAAAAAAUUCAAAUUGUUAAUGGCGUUAUUCUCAUCUCGUGGAAGCAAGAGGUUCUUGAAAGGCAAAUUGAUUUUGGUGCAAAAUUGGGCCACAUUGUUCUUGGUUUAGCAAGAAUGGAAUUGAAAAAUUUUUACCGAAGCGUCAUGCCAGUUGCGGAAUAUUUCGAUCAAAAUGGAAUGUUAAUGGAGAUCGAUGGAGAACGUGAUCCAAAUGAAGUUUAUAUAGAUUUUCGAGAUGCCGUUUUGAGAAUUCUUGGAAUGUCCUCAGAUGAAGAUAAUCAAAAUCCUCGUGCAAUGCAAGCCGAAGUGGAAGUUGAAAGAACAGAUGAUGAUCCAUAUGAACCAACUGCACCUUCUGAAGAACAAAAUGAAUUAGAUCCAAAUGAAACGCCUGCAUCUCCAGUGUUACCGAUUAUUAAACCAGCGAAAACAGCAAACCAUCAGCGAAAAGGUCUUCCUGCUUUUAUUUGGGUUAUUGGUGGUCCAGGGAGUAAUAAAGCAACUUUAUGUAAUCAAGCACUUCGAAAUAUGCCAGGAUGGGUUCACGUUAGUGUUGGUGAUAUAUUAAGAUCAAUGACAUCAACUAAUGUGACGAUUCAUGAUGCAAUUAUUGCUGGUGAAAUGGUCCCACAAGACAUUGUCAUGCAACUCGUUGAGCAACAAGUACUUUUAAAUCGAGAUACAGAUGGAAUUAUUCUUAGUGGAUUUCCAAGAAAUUUUUCCCAAGUCGAUGAAUUUGAAAAUAAGUUUGGCCAGGCGCCUCCAUUAGUUUUAUUAGAUUGCUCCAAAUUACAAUUUGGUAGGGGUAGAUUGGAUGGAACAAUUCCAGCAUUUCGAAGAAGAUUGGCGUUGUUUAGGGAAAUGACACUUCCUAUGCUUAAGAAAAUUGAUAACAACAAACGACUCACAAUGAUUGAUGGUGACACUGAUGUGGAGAAUGUUCAGCUCGAAUUUGCGAAUGCACUUUAUCAAUUAAUGAAAUGGGUUCGAAGAAAAGAGGAAAACAGCGCUGAUGGAAAUAAUCAGGAUCAAGAUUCAGGUGUUCAAAAUUCAGAACACCCAAACUCGAUGGCCCCCGGUAACAUCAACGGGGGCCAAACAAUUGAAUCAUAUCAAAAUGGAAUACAACGGAUACCAAAUGGAAUCGUCAAGCAAAUAGAAAAUCAAUUAAAUGGUGGUUCCAGUAUAGCCAAAGGAGUAUUAAUCGACGAGCCAAUUCUUCAAAAUGGUUUAUUAAAGAAGAAUGGAAUUGUGAAAGGACUUCAAAACGGUGGCGUUCAUUUAUCAAAUGGAUUUAUGCCUGGAAAGAAUAAAGUUGCCCCUUUAAAUGGAAAUAAUGCGAAUAAUGGAAGAGACCCUGUGAGAUCGAUGUUCAAUGAAGUAGACGAUUAAAAAAAAUCUCACAUCUCUCAAAGGUGUUACAAUCAAAAAAAAAAUUUUCGAUCAACUCUAAUUUCACAAUUUCAAUAAAAUAGUAAUUUACAUCAAACAUAAUAACAGUUUUUUUAAUUUGAAAUAAAAAAAAAAAAAAAUUUCAUUUCUCAAAUAGUAAAUAAAAAAUAUUUAAAUUUCUUCACUUUUAAAAAAACUAGAAAUAGAGAAAAAUUCUUUUAAUCGAAAGAAAAAGUAUAGAAAAAAAAUAUUAAUUUUUUAUUUAUUUAUAUACAGUAAUGUAAAUUUCAAUUUUUCUACGGGAUUGAAAUAUUGUGAAAUUAGAGCAAUUUCGAGAAUGAAAUUGUUUAAAGACUUAAAUAUUGAGAAAGAAAGUCAUAUUUUUUUUAACUAGCCAGUAUUUUAAAUUAGACUUCCAAUUUUCGUUUACUUCAAUAAUUAAAAAAUUUUCCAGAUUUAAAAAAAAUUGUCAUCGAAGGGAGUUGCAAUUUCAAAAAAAAGAAAUCUCUAGUUUUAAAAUACGAAAGCUCAAUAAUUUAAAAAAAAAAAAACGAAUCUCAAUGUAAAAAAAAAGAAAUUUUUUCUAGAUGAUAAAUUUUUUUUUUUUUCAUCUAACAACAUAUGUUAUUUAUAUUUCACUUCAUGUAUAUUUUGUAUGAAAGAGAAUGUUAAAAAAGAAAAAAGAAAAAUAUUUUCCACUUUUGUAAUCGCACACGUAUGUAUUUAAGAAAGGCUAAACUGAACAAUGCUCACGGCUGUAUAUUCAAGACUAAUGAACUGGAAUUAUUAGAUAUUCAAUUAAUCGAAAUCUUAUCUAAUUUUUUAAAUUUAUUGAAUCAAAAAUGUUUUUCACAAAGUAAAAUUAAUUUAAAAAUUUUUCAUUAAUUUUAAUUAAUAUCAAAAGAUACAUUUUCAAAUUAUAAUUUUUCUAAAUUCUAAAUGUCAGAAAAAAUUUGAAUUGUGACCAAAAAAGAAAAAAAAAAAAAACAAUUUCAAGAUUUCAAUUAUUUGAAAUUUAACAUUUUCAAGUGCAUCAAGAUUAUACAUUGCCAGUUAAUAUUUUAUUAUUUAUAAAAAAAAAUAAAUAAACCGACAAUGUAAAUUAAUUUAAAAGAAAUAUUUAAAUGAAAACAUUAUUAUCUUAUAAUUUAGAAUUAUAUGUGCCUAACUUAAGUACUCGUACGUGUAUAUUAUUAGAUUAGGAAAUUAAAUAUAAAAUACGUUAUAAAUGUACAUUGUUAUAAUUAUAAAAAUAGACUGUUUUCUAUGAAAUACGAAUAAUUUCGCGAAGAAAAUAACUAUUGUAAAAA